UUUCAAUUUUUUUUGACUUUUCUCAAUAUUAAAAAAUUUCUUUGUUAGCUGCAAAUAAGUCCAAAUAGUCAUUAUGACAAAAGAAAAAACCAAAAAAAUCACUAUUGCUUUUUGUAAAUUUUCUUAUUUGAAGAAAUAAUUGGUUAGAGAAUUUUGAUUCUUUAUUUGAAUCUUCCCCUUUUUGUUUUUGAAAUUAUACACAAUUUUAGAUUCUUGGGGUUGCUUUAUUUUGAUAAAAGAUAAACAGAAAGUUUAAAUCUCUUUGAGUAAAGGGUGAAAAUUCUACACAAUUAUAGGUUCUUGGGGUUGUUUUAUUUUGAUAAAAGGGAAAAAAAGUUCAAAUCUUUUUGAGUUAUAGGGGAUAUUCUACACAAGUAUAGAUUCUUGGGGUUGUUAAUUUUGAUAAAAUAGAAAAAAGUUCAGUUUUUUUGAGUAAAGGGAGGAAAUUCUACACAAUUGUAGAUUCUUGGGUUGAUUUAUUUUUAGAAAAGAAAAAAAAGUCAAUUUUUUAUAAGUUAAAGGAGCAAUUUUUGUUUUUUAUGGUCAGACAGUUGUUCAAGAGAAGAUAAAUUGAGUAUUGAAUUGUGGUAAAGAAAAGUUAGUUAGGAUUUUGGUACAGUUUCACGGGAAAACUGGGAUUGUCACAAGGAAAAAAAAGCAAGAUUUUUCAACUACCUUGAGUAAUUGAGCUCAAGUGUGUAUUUUUUUGUCUUUAUAAGAAAUUAUUUGUGUAGUUAUUAUAUAAAGUUAGAGGCUUUAUGCUGUAUUUUAUCAAAGAAAAACACAAGUUAGUUCUUAUUGAUAUCCAAUUUGUGUUCUUGAAAUGGAUCAGUCUGCAGCAGAUAAGGAGUUUAAAGCUGUAGAAAUUGCAAAGGAUAAGAAUGGUGUUGGUCAAGUUUUGCUUCGAAGUCUACGUGGUGCCUCUGUUCGAAUUAGCCUGCAUGGUGGACAGGUACUUUCAUGGAAGACUGACCAUGGUGAGGAAUUACUUUUUAUAAGCAGCAAGGCAAAUUUUAAGCCACCAGCAGCUGUGAGGGGAGGGAUUCCCAUUUGUUUUCCACAGUUUGGAAACCGGGGCUCUCUCGAACAACAUGGAUUUGCCAGAAAUAGGACGUGGCUCAUUGAUGAGAAUCCUCCGCCACUGCCCCCUAAUGAAUCCAAUGGAAAAACAUAUAUUGACUUGCUACUUAAAUCAUCUGACGAUGAUCUUAAAAUCUGGCCUCAUGGUUUUGAGUUCCGCUUGAGAGUGGCUUUGGCUUUUGAUGGAUCUCUUAUGCUGACAUCACGCAUCCGGAAUGUCAAUUGCAAGCCUUUUAGUUUCUCCAUUGCAUACCAUACGUAUUUUUCUGUCUCAGAUAUCAGUGAAGUGAGAGUGGAAGGCUUGGAGACUCUUGACUACCUUGACAACUUGUGCAACAGAGAACGUUUCACAGAGCAAGGAGAUGCCUUAACAUUUGAAUCCGAGGUGGAUCGAGUUUAUCUUAGUUCAUCUGAUGUGAUAGCAGUUUUCGAUCACGAGAAAAAGAGGACUUUUCUGAUAAAGAAGGAAGGGCUUCCUGAUGUUGUGGUUUGGAAUCCAUGGGAGAAGAAAUCUAAAGCCAUAGCAGAUCUUGGAGAUGAAGAGUAUAAGCACAUGCUUUGUGUAGACGGAGCAGCUAUCGAGAAACCAGUCACCUUGAAGCCAGGUGAAGAAUGGACCGGGAAGUUGGAGCUGUCUGUCACGCCUACAAGUUAAAGGAUCACUUGAGUCUCGCGUAACACAUGGUUCGCGCUCAACGCAACCUAAUUACUGAACGUAUGACCUCCUUAAUAUUAACAGCGACGUCGUACACUAAAAGCCAAUAUCAUUGUUUUUUUAUUGGUGUGACAUUAGUAGUUGCACUUAGAUGAUUGAUGUUUAAAAGUUCCAAUUGUUAUUGUCAAGUGUACAUCACAGUACAUGUAAUGGAAGUGGGGAAAGGUCCUUUUUAAUGUAUCCCCCAACUCUUGUAAUUUGAAUGAAUUUGGUUAUAAUAAUUGCAGAAAUGAAUCUCCCUGUA